UAUCCCCUUUUAUCGGGAUAUUUAAACCUGUUCGCCCACAAGCGCGUUAUUUUCGUCCUACUGUCUCGACUGCAAACAAAAGCCGCGAGCUCCCACACAAUUGGAAACGUCUAGAUCAUCGCUCGGGGUUUGGUGGGUGUUGCUAACCAGCCCUUUUUACCUUCGUCCGCCAAUCAUUAGGGUGCGAGUUGAGUGUUUUUGGCACGAGAGCGCACGCAGAAGACAGUACUUCACAUGCCGUGGUGCGACGCCCUCCAUUAAUCAAGCUUUUGGUUUAACGCGAGUCGGUUUUUGAUCCCGUAUAAUUCGUUUUAGACUGUAAAAGCAAACAUGGUGACACUGACAGCGAUCGUCGCGCCUCUCGGUCGGAAGAUACACAGGCAUCUGGUGAAGCAUGUCAGGAGCCAGCGCUGGAUUCCCGCUCGGGCAUGCAACUUAUCUGCAUGCUCCAGCAAAUUACUUCUCAGUCAAGUGCAUCCAAUGUGGCAGGAGCCGCUCGCCAUCCCCGGUGGAGAUCGCCAGUCGCCUAUUGACAUUGUGGUGCGUAAAAGCAUCUUUGAUCCACAGCUCAGACCUCUGAAGGUAAAAUAUGACCCAAGGACCUGCCAGCAGAUCUGGAAUAAUGGCUACUCGUUUCUGGUUGAGUACGACGACACAACUGACAAAUCCACUCUGAAAGGAGGACCUCUGGAGGAUCAGUUCAGACUGUGUCAGUUUCAUUUUCACUGGGGGGAGAACAACGCCUGGGGCUCUGAACACUCCAUAGACCGCCGCCUUUACCCUGCUGAGCUCCACCUUGUUCACUGGAACUCUGACAAGUACAGUUUGUUUGAGGAGGCUGUUAUUGAGGAGAAUGGACUAGCGGUUAUUGGAGUCUUUCUGAAGAUUGGAAAGAGACACGAGGGUUUGCAGAAACUGGUGGACGCCCUGCCUGCAGUCAGGCACAAGGAUAGCGUGGUAGAGUUCACCAAGUUCGACGCUGCGUGUCUCCUCCCGGAGAACGUGGAUGACUAUUGGACAUACGCAGGUUCUCUGACCACUCCUCCUCUCACUGAGGCGGUGACAUGGAUUGUGAUGAAACAGCACAUUGAAGUCAGUCAUGAUCAGUUGGCAGUGUUUCGAAGCUUGUUGUUCACAUCGGCAGAAGAGCAGGUGCAGAGAAGUAUGGUCAACAACUUCCGCGUUCAGCAGGCUUUGAAGGGACGGGCCGUCCGCUCUUCUUUCACCCCCUUCCUUCACGAUGCACCAUCUAUGAAGUAGCAACAAAACUCAGUGAACCUCCAAAACAAGCACAGAUUGUGGACUGCUGAUAUCCGUAAUGUCUUAACAGAGUUUCUAAAAAUGUUUUCACUGUUUCCAACCAGGCAUUUAGAUAUAUAAUUUGGAGAGAUUUCAUUGAAAGGGAUUAACAAAGAUGUAGUUUAGUUAUUGAAGAACCGGUUUAUUCCUGUGACAAAAGGUACAUGCAAGUAUUGAAAAUAAUACUAGAAUUCUAAGAAAUUCUAAUUUCAGAAUGAAACGCACAUUUCCUUUCAAUAUUGUAGCAAAGGGUGUCCACUUUUGAGGACAAACAGCCCCCUCUUGUGGAUAACUGACAAUGCAAAUUAGGUGUGUGUAGGGGGUAUUCAAUAGUUACUGCGAGGGAAUUUCUUUUAUGCAUAAACUGCACAAUGCCUUUCACUUUUGAUUGGUUUUUAGAUAUUAAACAAUCCUAAAUAUUUUCAGAAGAUGUAAUAUACAUGUAGAUAAUAAAUUGGAAAUAUUUUAAGGCUACGUUUAAAUACUGUAGUAUAAAUAAGACUAGAAAUAUAGCCUUUAUGAACCUGCACUAGACGUUUAGAGGCGUGAAAGAAAGAGAUGUAGAUUAAUGCGCACAAUUGUUUAGCAAAGAUGCAUUACUGUACUUGCUGUGUAUUUCAGAUUUGUAUAGAAUAGAUUAUAAUCACCAGUGCCUUUUUCAUUGUUCUCAGUUAUCUGAUCAACUGCACAAGUGGUUGGCCAUAAUUGCCUUUCGGGCAAAAUGUGUGCCUCCAGUUCAAAUCUUUUAUAGUGGUUGCUCUCAUCCAUUAAGCUCGUGAUCAUAAUUGUUCAUCUGUGGAUCUUUAGUGUAUUUAGUGUCAUUGAACUUAAAAGUAAUAACAGAGAAAUUCUCUUUAUAUAAGAAUGUCUUGUAAAAUGUAUUUGGGAGCACCUGGAUGUGUCUUUCCACUCUAUGUCAUGAAGUACCAUUGAUAGGGAGACCGCCAUUUUCGAACAUGUGUACUUUAUGUAAUUUCUCCACUAGAGGCACACAUGAGACCAGGCACAAUUUAGAAAUGAGAUCUACGGUAAGACCAAUUGAUUGUUACAGUUCAGUUUUGGUGCAUUCCGUUUUCCUUUUAAGCGCCUUCCUUUAAAAUCAGACAUUAAGAUUGUGUGAAACGUCAAGGAACUGUAGCGUUAUUUAUCUGUAAAUGAAUGGUGCAUUUACAUUAUGGUUUUACAUGCAUUCAGUUUGAUAUCUAGAAGAAGGUUGAGUAACAUCAAUGUUCAGUUGUUUCAGGGAGAUGCAGAAACGGCAGAAGUUCUGCCAGCUUUGUAAUUGCCAAGAGACGCUGGUCUCUUUGUGACGGUUGAAUAACAAUGUACUUGUAUGAACUGUCCCUCAAGUGGCCUCUCGUUUGAAUGGGCCACCUGGUUUCCUCCCUUUUGGGUUCGUGGUUGAAAUUCAGAGUGAUACUAACUAGACUGGAAAGCUGGAAUCGCACUGUACUAACACUAGGUUACAUAGAGACUGGGAUCCAUUCCCUACACCUGCCCAAGUCUAAGCUGCUCUCAGAGUCGUGAACAUUCUUUCACAUCAGGAGGCUCUGGAACAAUGUUUUCUCAUUGAAGCAGAGUUUGAAGAGCGUGUGCAGAUACCUUUGUUUGAAUUUGAAUUAUGCAGUGGAUGAAUUAUAAUUUGUGAUUAUUCUGACUGUUUUUGCUGUAAUGGGUUGGCAUGAGGGAAAUGGAUUUAGUUUUUUUUUUUCUCCACACCCUUAAGGUACCUCUUUCCUCUGUUUUUGACAUUUUGAGUUGCUAAAGGCCUUUCGUUUUUAAGGGAAAUUAGUAAUCGCAGUUUAACACUAAUACUAGUUUUGAUUUAAAAACAGCCUCGUCACUUAUCUUUUCAUAACUGUCACCUAUGCUGCCUUUUAUACAUUUUAUUAUGCAAAUGUAUGCAGAACUUUAAUACGUCUCCUAUGUUGUAUUGCAUGCAAACACUGUGUUUUAUUCAUUUAUUUUAUUUUCAUGGGACUUUUUACAUUUGGGCCAUUUUUGGUUGAUUUAGUUUUGUUUUACUUUUGGGCGGACACAAGCAUGUGUCCUAUGGAUAUAGACAGGAAGAGGGUGGUUCCGGAGGUUUAUGGGGGCCCCAUCCCAGCAAGUGUUGUUGCACCAGGUGCUGGUUUGGUCCGGAUCAGCUGCACAAAAAGUGUGUGUUUUGGCAGACUAAGCAGAGGGGGAGCCUAAAGAUCCAGAGGUGAAUGUCAACAAAUGCACAAUGUACCUUCUCAUUCAUGCUGUCUGAUGUUGUGUAUUAACAUUUUAAUGUGUAAAAAUGAAAUUAAACAGUAUAUUUUAAGCUA